GAUCUCCAUGAGUGUAGUACUACUAGUAUUAUUGAACACAACAACCUUUUGACUUAUGACUUCAAAUCUAAAAUAGCGAYCAAAAAUCUUAUUUUUCAUCAAAAAUUUCAAGGACUAGUUCCAUACAUUUGAGGCACUGCGUCCUCGUUUUUUCUUUGAUAAAAAUCAAUCUUAUCAACGUAAGACGAUUAUUACCAGCAGUUUAAAUAAAAGUGGUUCCGGAAUAGCRAAAAAUAUAUAAAUUUGAAUGAUUUCGAGGACAACUAACUGUUUAGAAAACGUGAAAAUGGCGCARUGGAGGUGAAAACGUGAGGUUGAAUUUAUCAAUUUCGUCAMCAGCGUGGUCCCACAAUUAUCAACAAAGAAYUCUAACAACUAGGGAUUAACUUUUUAUUGUGUGYAUGUUCAACACAUUGUUCUAUACUAUUCAAAUUUGGAAAACGCUUAUAAUUCUCAAAAUAUCUAUCUGGAAUCUUAUAUCAACRUAGAGUUCGCAAAGAGAUUAUCUUCCCUAGGACCWCCGUAAAGCCGUUUUUGUUUGCUGAAGUUUUAACGAGUAGCAAAGCCGAUUUUUAAAUGUCAAUUGAUGGAAAGAGCUCAUCCGAUUGGUGGAAACAAUGCUAGGCCUUGCAUGACAGAGUUGCUAACAUAUGCAAAAAUUUAAACACUUUGCUGACAACAGAGUUCCCACGAGAAAGCAGAGUCAUUCGAGUAGAGCCCUUGAGAUAUUUUAAAAGAAGGAAGCCAUUUUGAAAUGAUAGACAAUGAACAAGGCUAGCACAAGUAACGGGGACGCCAUUAUACGGGAUAUUUUCGAAUCUUGGGACACUAACAAGAGUGGAUUUAUCGAAAAAGCGGAGUUAUACAAAUGUUGCGAGGACUUACAGCUAUCAACAAAUGAAUUAGAGCAAGUUUUUAUUGAACUUGACGUGGACAAAGACGGUAAAAUYAGUUUGAAUGACUUUGGCGAGAGCUUUCAUAAGGUCUGCAGCUUAUUUCAAGUUAGUCGAGAUGCGGUUUUGAAUCAGGACAUGUCUGAAUACCAAAAGUUUGAGAAACUUUUGGAGGCGAUUGGAUUUCAGGGUUUACUAUCAGGCCAUGAGUAUGUUACGGAAUUAUUUCAUCACAUGCAUAAUGAAGCCAACUCGCCGCAAAUGCUGUCGCUAYUGGAGAGCUUUUUGUUCAGUGUUGUGAGAGACAUCAAGAAUUAUGAAUCAGAAAACCAGAAACUUGAGGAAGCUCUCAAGAGAACGUGCGAGAAACAUGCAGAGCAUAUGGAGAAUCUCAACGAAGAGAUGGAACAACAACUGUCGAAAAUGGAGAGCAGAGUUAAGAAGGAGGAACAGAGCAAAUUCGAGCGAUCCAACAUGGAUGUUAUAUGGCAAAUGGAGAAUAAAAACAAGGAGAUCCAAGCUUUACAAGCAAGAAAUCAGAAGUUGGAGUCGGUUUUGAAACGAAAAGAGCCUGAAGAGCARAAGUUAAAGGAAGAAAUCGAAGAAAGAGUUCAGGAAAUCCGAUAUUUACGAAGUCAAGUGACCGAUUCACAGACGAAUUCUGCGUUACUACGAAGCGAACUGGCACAGUUGAGAAAUGAUUACGAAGAUCAAACGCAACAGCUUCAAAAUGAAAAACGUGCUGUCAUGGARUGUGUCCAAGAGCAAGAAAGCUUGACAAGGCAGCUACAACUUUUGCACGAGGCAAACAAGAAACUACACGAUACAAAUGACGAUCUUCGAUCGGCGCUCGAGUCAAGGCGAGGUUCCGAUGCUGGGAGGAGUCCAUCGCCCAGUAAAAGAAGCUCAAUAUCGACGCUAUAUUCAGCCUCUCCUAGACAUAAGAGAAGCAAAUCAUAUCAGGAUAGUCGGUCGCCGUCGAGGUACGAGGAGGAUCGACUGGCCCACUCGUUGAGUGCCACACCCCUUCGAUCACCUCUCCAUAGUACGACUGCAAGUAGAAGAAGCUCUCUCCUACCGAUCCAACAAAGCGCUGAGAUGGACGAUCCAAUUCUCAAUGAAGACUCGCUCCUGAAUGAAAUAAGUGGUGUUAGUCGACACUCGAAUGAUGGUGAACAAACGAAAAACUUACAGACAAGUGAACCGAAAGACACCGAGUGCACCACGGAAACCSACAAAAAAACCGACAAUGCGACGAAAACCGACAACACGAACAAAACCGACAACGCGACGAAAACGGACAGAAAAUCCGACGGCUCAACGAAGAUUAAAACGAGAAAACACGAAGGAGGGUCRAAAAUGAAAAAGAAACACGAUGGUGCGACGCAAACUGACCGACGAGCAGACGACACGAUAGGUGUCGAUAAUCAUUCGGAGGAAAACGAGAACAAAAGGGAUGAUAAUUUUCCAAGAACGAAAACUGGUUCAACUCGAAUAAGUACAAAACUUGGAAAAUAUCUUGGUAAAUUCAAAACCACWUCAAAACAAGAAYUUAACUCAGAGAAAGAAACKCARGGACAAAAAAUAUCAAAAACUAGCAAAGACACACUUUCAAACGGYAAAAUACCGAAGCAACAAGAUGGACAUAGUGAAAAAAGUAGUUUACGCAAAGGCGAUACUACCAAAAGGACUAAAAACUCUUCGGUAACUUUCGCGCCAACRUCKAACAAACGRCCAUCACGUGACAGGACACCAAGGGAAUCCAAUCGACGGUCACGUGAUGUACCACGUGAUAAUCRACACACGGUACAAGACAGCGAGACAUCGGACACUGAGUGCGGAUUUACAAGACUUGACCUUACCAAACUGAGCUGUCCUGAUGGUACCGAGGAGGAAGAAGAAGACGAAGCUUACGGUACCCUCCCCUCAAGCGAACGAGACAGCAUUCGUAUGCAUUACAACAUGCUAGCCGAAACAAAUAAACGGUUGCUUCAGAGCAAUGACGAUUUGAGAAAAGCACUCGAGAUUGUGACUAAGGCGCGGGCGGCUGGUCAUUCCAAACCAAGAAACAGAGAAAAAUGCCGUAGAAAUCAAAGCUUUCACAGUGACUAUGGAUCGAUAUCUAGUCGGAGUAUCACACCUAACCAUUUACAAAAAACUGAAAAUGAUAUUGGAGAUGGCGCAGAAGAACUAUCAGGCUAUGAACCUGAAUCUGAUGGCAACAAUACCAGCACAAUGACGCUCCAAGGCCAGCACGUGGAACUUCCAGAGAAUGCCAGGAAAACCAUGGCGACACCUCGUGAACGAAUCAAGAUCGCUGGACGCGAGACUGGUGACGUCAUCUGGGAAAGUGACCAAGAAACCGAAACCGCUGACCCAAAUGAGCAAAACAGACAUCAAAUUGCUGAAAGAAAUAAUGGCGAGAGUCCUUUUGCCAGAAAUAGCCUCUUAAGAAAGCCAGUGAGGCAUAAGAGUUUAGAUGCAUUAGCCUCUGAAAUGGAAAGCAAGGCAAAGAAAGCCGACCGCUCGACAUGGCCGGAUAUCGCGAGGUCGGGGAAAUGGACCAGCAUGGAACAAAUGCGCAAGAAGAACGACUUUGCGGGGGCUAGGUCCAAGUCGCUGCCAACUUCGCGGUGUCAGAGCUCAGAGAGCUUGAAUUUCGAAACWGGUGCUGGUUUAAUGGAGCUCUCAGAGAAGCUCAACGCGCUGAAGUCAAGUCAGAAUGAUCUUAGGGCAGAGGAAGAGGAAGAGGUCGAAGAAGAGGACAAAGAACUUACGGUUAAAGCAACCCCACGCGAGAGCAAAGAGGUCGAUUGCGAAGAAAAAGAUGAARUAUCCCCUCAUGAAGAAAGAACAUCCCCUCGAGAAAAGAUAUUGUCACCACCUAAAGAGAGACUCUCACCUCGAGAAGAGAAGUACUCGCCACAGCAAGAAAACAAUAAAGAAAAAGAAGAAGAGAGAGUUAGUAAAACCCCACCAAAUGAACUCAAAACUAUUGAGGACUAUGAAGAGUCACCGUCCAAGUCUACGAACACUGAAAGUCCUGAGCUUAAGUCUUUAGCCAUCCAAUGUCCCUCGGGACGUGGAACACCAACAGAAGACGAAAGGAAAGCACGAAGACAAUCCAARAGGGACCGAAAAGGUAGAAAAUCGAGAUCUGAAGAAACGAAAGAAGAUCCCAAAUCGCGGARUGAGCCAGAAAGCAACUCGCGGAGUGAGUCAAAAAWCAACUCGCGGAGCAACUCAAGGGGUAACUCGCAGAGCAACUCUCGGACUAACUCGCGCGGUGCAUCACGGAGAUCGACGCGAACAGAAUYUCCAAGAGACAGAAGCGUUACCCCRACAGAAAUCCCGCGGGAUAGAAGACCUUCAUCCCGAAACUCGACCCGUGUAGAAACUCCUUUAAGUCGCGCACCGUCUACCAGACCCUACUCAAGAACAACUAACACAGGGACCCCAGUAGGAAAGAGCCCUCGACCUGGCUCUAUUAGUAGAAAAGGAAGCAAAGGACCAGCAGAUGUUUUAAGUCUGAUUGCAGGAGAGCGACCUGGUAAGGAUAUCAUACCUACAAACUACCGAGUUGAGGCCGAUGGAGUCGAAAAACCWCGUGUUGUUCAACAAGAAGCUUCAGAUCCAAUGACUGAUUUCCAAGGAGACCUUAACCGAAGCUUAGUAAAUGACAUCUUUGCACCUUUAAGCGAAUCCCAGAUGAAUUUAAGACUAGGAAARGCUAGACCGCCCAAGCAUGUGGGACGAGAAAAAGACGCGCAUGCUCAGGAUGAAGACUGCCAAGGGGAUUUAGACCGUAGUAUUGUCAAUGACAUAUUUGCGCCAUUGAGUCAAUCACARAGGAAUCUUAGACUUGGCAAGAACGAUGACGCGCAUGCUCAUAAUACCAGCAGAAGUCGUUUAAGACCUGGUGCUUUGGUAAAUCGGGUUAGGCAGACAGAAUCACUACCAGAUUCAGACCUUAGCAAAGUUGAACUCCUCAGCGCUGAACUUGAAGCACAGUUUAAAAGUGUCAAAGAAGAAGACGAGGAAGACAUYGACGAAGACGACGUUGAUGACGAAGAACUUGCGCAACUCGUUGCCAUGGCAAACGGUUUUACCGAUUCCGAGACGGAAACUGAGAGUGAACUAGAUGUGACAGACAGACAAUCUGCUGUUGGGGCCGAGUCGCUGUCAGAGGCGUCGACAAAUACACCUUAUUCUAAUUCGAUAUCAAUGACACAGGACAUCCAACCUGAGCGCAUGUUCAAGCUGGUUCUGGCUGGUGACGCUGCUGUUGGCAAAUCAAGCUUUAUUCUUAGACUUUGUCGAAACAAAUUCCACAGUGCACUCAAUUCAACUUUAGGUGUCGACUUCCAAAUGAAGACUUUAGUCGUYGACAACAAACAUAUCGCUCUUCAACUAUGGGAUACUGCUGGCCAAGAAAGGUUUCGAAGUAUYGCCAAAUCGUAUUUCCGCAAAGCUGACGGUGUUCUGUUGCUAUAUGACGUCACUUGUGAAACGUCAUUCUUAGACGUUCGUGAUUGGGUGGAAGCAAUCGAGGAGAGCUGUUCUAAGCCAGUUCCCAUCAUGUUGUGCGGUAAUAAAACCGACUUACGACAGGCGCAGGUUGCCGAGGGGAAAACUGUCAUAUCUGCUGAAAGUGGACAAAGAUUAGCAAAGGAAUACGGAGCGUUGUUUACGGAAACCAGUGCAAAGGAGAAUUCAAACGUAACAGAAGCAUGCAUAGAACUAGCAAGAAUGCUUCAAACAAUCGAAGAUAAUGAAAUAACCAAUCGCAACUCAGGAGGAUUACAGCUUACAGAUGCUGAUGCCAAAGAAAAGAAAAAGAGCACUUGCUGUGUAAAAUAGCUACAAAUACAAAUGCAAUCGAAUCUCCUGGAGGUGUUCAAUGGUGGAAUCAAAACGUUUCCCUAAAGUUYCUCACUCAAUUCGCUUGGGCAUUGCUAUGGUUACGUGACUAUAGUCUCUCCUAUAGUGUUGCCAUGGAUACCACACAGAUGUAUACUCAAUAUGAUCGUGGUGUAUAACUAUGGUUACUUAACAGGGUAUGAAAAAGCCUGCUGGAUCUUCACAAUUGAAAUAGCUUUUUUAUUGAGGAGGAAUGAUUGAAAAGUGAAUAUAGAGGAGGAGUGAAUUCCUAAUGUAUGCAAACAUGAUGUAGAAAUGUUUUAUAUAAAUACAGAAAUCCAAAAAGAUUUCUCUAAGAAAGCUUUUUAAAAUAUUAGAAUUCACUGCAGAUGUACAACAAUAUAUAUCAAUUUUUUUUGUAAAUAAUCCAUUUAUACAGUAUAGCAGAAGUUCACUGCUUUCUUAGUUGUUUUUUUAUCUGAGAAUUUUAGAAAAACAUUUUACUGUGGGGAAAAAUAUUGGGAAACAAGAUAUGUUUAUUGAAUGGAUGCRUCAUUUUCMUUUCUUUUCCUUCGAAUUACAAACUAAUUUAUGUACCAUGCCAUUAUCRCUUUGGUAGUCAGAUUUUUCAUGUCUCAUUUGCCACAAAAAGUGGUUGAGAACAUUUUUUGUGAAAUUUACAGCUAGUAAUAAAAUACAUAUACAUGAAAAAAUAAAUAACUGAAAUAUGAAAAAUAAGACCAGAUGAAUGAAUGAACAAAUGAAUGAAUGGAUGUUCAAGUGAAAAAAUGGACUCGGAGAUGGAUGGAUAAAUUAAAAUAUGAAUUAUUGGAUGAAUGAAUGAAUUAACAAUGAAUGAAUGGGAAGAUGCAUGAAUAGAUGGGAUAGAUGAACAAAAUGAAAAUGAAAAAAUAGAUUAAGGAGAAAAACUGUGAUAUAUGGAAAAAUUUGUAAGUUAACAAAUGAUACUUGGAUGUGGCAAGUCAGAUAUUGCAAAAUAUUGACUAUCUUAAAGUGAAAAUAUAGGUAUUUGAUGCAAUAUUAUAUCACAAUGUAUUCAAUGCACUUUAUCAUCGCAAUACAGCAAUAUAUUAGAGAGGGAAAUAGUUAAUAUGAUUGUAGAUAUAGUUAUUAUUUAUGACAAUCAAAUUUAUUUAACAAUGGACACAAAAUAAUCCUCACUUUUAUCUUUUAGUUUGAUGAGAUUUUUUCUUUUUAAUAUUUAAUCAUGCCGACUCAUGUGUAUGCAUAUUCGUAUUGUACAUGUGGAAACGGCAUAAUUUAUGACAAUAUACAAUAUACACGAUGGGGACUGAUUGGUACAUCUGUCAUCCUGGCCAUUGAUUUUAAGUUUCAAAGUUUUUUCUUUUGCAUUGGRACUUUUUUUUCUUUUGCAUCGGAUAAUGAUAAGAGGUUUCCAUGUGACCUUAUAAURCAUGUUACCAAAAUUAACAUUAUUUAUUUGAGAAUAUGGACACCUCAUUGCAAAUGACUUGAUGUAUUGUUUACAUACAGUAGUUUUUAACAUACGCAAAAUUAAGAAAUAUGAUAAUAUGCAUUUUGUUUAAAGAAUGUAAUGUUAUAGAAACAAAUAGAACAAUAAAAUAAAAUAAAAAAAAUACCAUGUCUACCAA